AUUACGCCGGAAGUGCCGCCUCGGAGCCGGAAGAGGAACUGGACUCGAGGUGUUGAGCUUGAACGUGUGGAGAACUUUUAACGUUGUAACAUUUGUUAUAACAUUGUUUUGAAGCCACGCUAAACAUCGACGACCCCCCUGUUCCAGUUUGAGCUCCGCUCCGGACCUGAAGAUGUUUAACAGACAGACCAGCCUGUGGAUGGGUGACUUGGACCCAUACAUGGAUGAGAACUUCAUCAAGCAGGCCUUUAGUGCUAUGGGAGAGUCGCCGUUUGGAGUGAAGAUCAUCACUCACAGGAUAACAGGUGGUUCAGCAGGAUACUGCUUUGUGGAGCUCGCUGAUGAAGCAAGUGUUGACCGCUGUGUCCAAAGACUCAAUGGAAAACUGGUUCCUGGAUCAAACCCGCCCCGGAAGUUUAAGCUAAACUAUGCCACAUAUGGAAAACGGCCAGAGGCAGGGCCGGAGUUCUCUGUGUUUGUGGGCGACUUGGCCUCUGAGGUGGAUGACUUCCAACUGCACCAAGUUUUCAAGAAGUACCUCUCCUGCAAAGGAGCCAAAGUGGUCACUGAUCAGUAUGGAUACUCCAGAGGUUACGGCUUUGUCAAGUUUGGGGAGGAGAGCGAGCAGAAGAAGGCGAUCGAGGAGUGCCAGGGUACGAUGCUUGGGGGGAAGCCACUCAGGCUUAGUAUCGCCGUGGCAAAGAGCCAGAAGAUGAGCAAUUACCACGGGGGCCAGGGCCAGAAUUACCAUAACAACUAUAACCAGUCCCAGUCCAGUUACUAUGGCAGCAAUAGCACCGCAGGUCAAGGGGGCUACUACUCUCAGUGGGGUGGCUAUGACCAGUACAGCGGCUACAACAACAGCGGCUAUAACAGUGGCUACAGCAGCGGCUACAACAGUGGCUACAACUAUAGCUACGGGCCUUAUGGAUACCCCCCACCAGGCCACAUGAUGCCACCACCUCCCGUGCCACCCACGUCCACUGACAUGUCAGGAGCUACAGAGCAGAGCCACGAAGAGGCUGGGGGCAUAGAGGAGGACAACGCAGAAGAGCCGAUCCCUGAAUGUGACGUGGAGCAGUGGAACAAAGAUUUUAUGCAGCGCAGCGAGGAACUCUACGACGCCAUGAUGGACAGUCGCUGGGAACCCAUAGACUCUGUUAACUCUCCCAUUCCCUCCCUCUCUUGAUAAUUUGUUCUGCUCCCGAACCUUAAAUAUUUCAUUUUUUAUGAUUUUGUACUCCCUCAUAAAUCUGCCGUGAUCGAACACCAUAUCAACACCUUCGCUGUCCCUGUACUUCACUGACUGAAGGCUCAGAGUACAUUCAGAUGUACUUGUUCCUGUUCAAGUACAAACAAAUAUCCACUUGAUUUUAAUGUUUACCAUGUUGGUAAUAUUCAGAAAGUUGUUCAAUCAGUGAAGUUACCAUGCAUACCAUGAAGUCCUCUAGACACUUUAGGACAAAGUGCUGAAGCAGGCUUCCCUGCUGUUGCCCGGCACACAGUAGCUGUAGCAAAGUGAAUGUCGUGUCAAUAUUUCAAUAUUUAAUGAUGAGGAACUCCACUUUACUUUUGUUGAUCCAUGUUGAAAUGGUGUCACCAGCAAAAGCUAACUUGAUUAUGUAUGACCCCGACUUUUAAAGAAGAACCUGUCUUCUGAAGACAAACGUUAAAACUAUGCCUUAAUCGACAUUGGCCGUGUACUUCCUUUCAGUCUUGGAUGGUCAUUAGAUUAUUUUGUAUAUACAGGAGAUCACUCUUUCUUGUAUUAAUUUUUAAUGAAGGAAUUGUCCUCCUUUUUUUCCUUUUUUUUUAAAAUUGAGAUUUAAUGAACAUUAUCUGAGUUUGAAGUUAAAGUAUGUAAGGAUGAUAUUGAGGUUACCCAGCAGUAAUCGAACACAAUGUAAUUUAUCACUGUUUUCCAGGUAAGAAGCUCCAUGUCUUUCUAUAUGAUGGUACAACCUCCCAAUACCUUUUGAGCGCUGUGAAACUGCAUGUAAUGAUUUUAUGAGGUUGGUGGCUGGUUUUCUGCAUCAGAUGUUCAGGCAGCAUUUGUCCUCUGCUGUUUGAUGGCUGAUGUUUUGUAUAUUUUCUUUCUGGAGACGUUUUAGCAAUAAAACCAAUUUAGGAGGAAAA